CUUCUUCACAGUCUACAACGGCGGACAUGAUGGCACGGCUGUUGGUAUUGGCGUGUGUGUCGUUCCUAUUGAUCGCCUGCAUUUCGGCGAAGAAAAACGGCGGCGCGAUGGAGGAGACAGGUUUGGCUGGACUGGAGAAGCAACAGCAGAAGAUGGUUGGCGAAAUUGAAACAAUUCACAAUGCAGUAACAAAACUGAAGUUGGACAUGAAGACUCUCUUAAAGAAAGCUUCUAAAACGGACGAGGCAGUAACCAGUAUUAACAUGAUUAACCAGCUACUUGCAGGAGCUGUGAACACAGGACAACUCAAAUCGCAAACAGAAACAAACAGCGAUGGAUCUACACAUGAGUCCACAGACAUCUCUGACGACGAAAUGGGAACAAGCAUGCGUCCAAGUCACAGACAACCAGAUCCUAACAAAGGAAUGUCGAUGCAGAGUGCUGGCCAGUCUAGUGGGACGUCAGGUCUUAACAUGUUCAGCCAACUAUUUGCACAAGCCAUGAAACAACAAGGUGUCAUGCAAGCUGCAGAUUCGAGGCCUCGAAGCGAUGGAUCGACAAACGAAUCCUCGGACCUCUCUGACGAUGAAAUGGGAGCAAGCAUGCGCCAUAACAGCCAACCAAGCACAUCCUCGGACUUCUCUGACGAUGAAAUGGGAGCAAGCAUGCGCCAUAACAGCCAACCAAGCACAUCCUCGGACUUCUCUGACGAUGAAAUGGGAGCAAGCAUGCGCCAUAACAGCCAACCAAGCACAUCCUCAGACUUGUCUGACGAUGAAAUGGGGACAAACAUGCGCCAAAGUCACAGCCAAUCCGCUGGAUCCACACGGAAGGAUCAUUUCACCUGGACAUUGGAAGGGGGGUUAAAAUCGACAACAGGGGAACCCGUUGACAAAAAAGAUGAAGAUACUGACGCGUACCAACUGCCAAGUUCAGGCGAUGUCCAGACACAAACUGAGGGUACAGCUGGACAGACGUCACCUGAUACAGGCGACGAUUAUAAGCAGUCAUAACUCCGCGGCUGCAGCGAGUGGUCAAGGUUUGGACAGUGGCCUCAGCUAUACAAGUUUUAAAGCCUCAUCACUCGACUGAAAUAAAAUGGACGUCACAGAGUUAAAAUCAACAUAUAUUACCGACAAAAAAUACGGGGACUGAUGAAAUGAUAGUGAACGACAUCUUGAUGGCAUACUGUUGAUUAACUUGCCUAUGGCUGCCCUUGGUAUUGCCCGCCAUUCCGCCGGAAGAGCUUCCCGGGUGCUGGGUCUCUCUAGUACUGGCUUACCAUCUCUUGGGGACACGACAGGGGACUUUGCGGACCAGUUCAAUGUCCGUAUGCCUUCUUGUCGGAGAUAAUCGGUUACGACCGGGGAACGUAGUGGCCUGGCAUCGUCAUCUUGCAGUUCAGAAUUUCUGCCGAUAAUGAAACAAAGACAGGUCCCUGGCAUAUCGCUGGCCAGUCAAAUAUUCAAUGAAAAUAACUAAAUCAGUUCUCUUCAUACUACCCCCCACCAUGACACCUCCGCCCCCACACUGAUCAUGGUCAAGAACUGUUGCCCAGUCGUCUAAGGCGCCGCGAUUCGCUCUGCAGAGUUGCGUCCCUUGGGCACGCCAGAAACCUAUGAUUGUGGUUUCGAAUCCCUGUUCGCCCCGAUUAUGUUUCUAGGUUUGUCA